AUGUUUAUGAAAUCAAAUUAAAAUUUAUAAUUUAUGUUAAAAAUAAUUUAUAUUACUCAUUAUAUUAAAAAUGAAUCGAUCUUUUUUUUAAAAAGAAAUAGGUUAAGUUUAGGAAAGUAAUACAUAAAGAUCUUUGUUUGUUGAGAUGUGACCUUAAAUUUUAAAAGUUUUCUAGAUAUCUUGUCUGUCUGUCGCCAUGAGACGAUUACCUCUACUAAAACUUUUCAUUCUAAUAUUUUUAUGUGUAACAAUUUUAUACAUUUAUUCCUCUCGCAAUCAUAAGAAUAGCAAAAAUAAAACCGAACUGGUAAAAUCUGGACAUAUAAUUGAUAUUAACCAGGAGAAGCCAUUUAUAGAUAGGAUUGUAAUAUCAUUUGUAGUUUGUGACUCUAGGUUUAAUGAGUCUUUAAAUGUUAUCAAAUCUGUCUUGCUUUUUACAAAGACUCCUGUUUACUUUGUUAUAUUCACUGACAAUAAAUUAAGAUUACAAUUCAAUGAUACCCUCAACAAAUGGAAGGCAAUGGUUGAUAACCAGUUUGAUUUUGAAUUACAAAGGAUCAAAUUCCCUGAAGCACAUGAAAAGGAUUGGAUGAAUUUGUUCAGUAAAUGUGCAGCUCAACGAUUAUUUAUUCCUAAAUUACUCCCACAUAUCGACUCUAUGAUAUAUGUGGACACAGAUACCUUAUUUUUAGGACCGGCUGAUGAUCUUUGGAAAACUUUUAAAAAGUUUAACAAUUCACAAAUAUCAGCUAUGACUCUGGAAGAUGAUAAUCCUAAUGUCUCAUGGUACCCUAGAUUUGCCAAGCAUCCCUUUUAUGGAAAAUAUGGUUUAAAUUCUGGAGUGAUGCUUAUGAAUUUAACAAGAAUGAGAGAUUUUGGAUGGGUUGAUUAUGUGACACCAAUUAUGUUGAAGUGGAAACUGUACAUACCCUGGGGAGACCAGGAUAUUAUAAACAUAAUAUUUCAUUACCAUGAAAGAGCCGUAUAUAUAUUGUCCUGUCGUUAUAAUUAUCGCUCGGAUCAGUGCAUGUAUGGAGAUGCUUGCGCCGAUGCAACAGAACAUGGUGUAUUUGUACUACAUGGCAGCCGGAGAGCUUUUCACAACCACAAACAACCAGCUUUUGAGGCAAUUUACAGAGCCAUCGAUGAGUACAACAUUGGAAGUGAUCCAAUGAAAAUGUUGGAAAAUAUAGACAAAUAUUUAAUGGAAGCUCCACAAUCGCACUGCGGUAAUUUAAAAGACGCAUUUCUUAAAAUACCUCUACAAACAUUAAUAAGGAAACACUCGAGACCUGAUAGAUAAUAGAAAUAUUGUUAGCAUAACAAUAUUACUCGAUGUUUAUUAUAUUAAAUACGAAUAUAGAGACAUUAUUCGAUUUAGUGUUAGAAUUUGGCCCACGUACACUAAUGUGCAUCAAAAUAUUGGUCAGCUAUAAAAUGGUCGACCGAAUCUACCAAUCGCGUUACAAAAUAUAAGAAUCUGUUAAUUUAAACAAUAGUCAACAAAAAAUAAUUUACCAAAUAUUAGAUUGUAAUAGUUUUACUAUGUCAUAUCUCUUACACUAGUAAGUUAUAAAGGAGGAAUUAUGUUAAAUGCAUUUAUUUAUUACUCGUUUAUAUGGUUAAAAUCAUAAAUCUCACAAUAUUAUUAUUCUGUAUUUAAUUUAUUUAAUUUACCAAAAUAAAUACAAAAUAUUUGUACCAUAUAACUAUAGCAUGUAAAAUCGAAAUUAUCAAAGCUAUAAAAUAAUAAAUAAUUAAAAAAAAAAAAGAAUUGGAGUAAAUUUGUACAUCUGGUCUAGAGGCUAUAUCGUUAGUUAUACUCUUGUACUCUUUUUCUCUUGUUUUGUACUUUGAUACUCUGUUCCACUCACUCGUAUUGCCAACAAUAUCCGCUCAGCUAAUGAAGUGCGUUGCAUGUACCGGAUUCGUUUCACAUUUUACUUAAACUGUACCGCAUUACAAACAUGUUAAGAACUUAACCUAAAACAUAAAUACCAAUUACUUUUUUACGUUAUAGUUAAAAAUAUGUUUGUCAAAUAUAGAAAUAUGUUAAAAGUUAUUAUUUUGGCCACUCAAUGCUUUCUUAACCUUUGAAAUAAUUUUCGGUAAGUUGUUACAAACAUAUAUAUAUUUAUUAGAUUUAAUUUAAGGUCUCGACCAAUUAUAAUGUUGUUUAUUUGUCUUAACUCCUCCUAAUGUUGAAAUGGGCUAUACUUGACAUGAUACAGCGAAAGGCAAAUAUUGCUCUAAGUAAUAAAUGAAAAGUAGGAUAAACUAUAAAUUUCAUCAAAUAUCGUAAAAGUUACCUUUUUAACAGGAAUUAUAGAUUGUUUAUAAUAAUAUUGUCAAGUUUUUAUAUGUUAUUAUAUAUUUUUGUUUUUUCAUCAUGAACUGGUUAAUGAAUUUUUAUACCUAUUUUUCCUUAGUGGCUGUUUGAAGAACACCUCCAUGUACGAAUUUGUUAAAAAAUCUAAAACAUUUUUAAAAAAAAUUGUUCAGAUUUUUAAUGUUGGGACUACCUACAAAUUUAAUGAGGUAGAAUAGAAUGAUAAAAGAUUUGAUUACAUGUCUAUUUUUAUUAUUAUUAUUAUUAUUAGUAAGAACUUCCGAAGUAAAAACAAAACAUUUGGUUGUAUUUUCAACGAAAGCAUGAAAACACACACCUUAUGCUCUUUUUAUAAUUAUUAAUUACCCUGUAGCUUAUAAUUUUGCAUACGCAGCAGUUCUGCGACUUGCCGCUAGGGCAUCCCAUCAUUGCCAAAAUAAUAAAAACGGUCGAAAUAUUUAUUUUCAAAUGUUUUUCUUACACUCAAAUCUACUUAGUUAGUAAUGAAAUAUGUUUUAGUAACAGUCAAAACGGCUGGAUAGAGUUGAUGUCUCUUAAUUUCACAAUAUUGUUUAAUUUUAAUGUACAGAUUUGUGUUGUAAAAAUAUAAUGCUCUGAAAAUUAUUUAAAUGUAAAAAAUAUCCUUAUAUACCAUGACCUCGGCCCAUGCAGGGAUUGUACACGCAUGUUUAUUUGUUUUAGAUUAUCUAUUAGUUAUUACAAUAGCACACCACAAAUUUUAUACAAUGGCGUUUAAACUUAAGGUUCCAUAGAAUCUCAGCUAAGUAGAAUUAAUAAUAAUUUGUUUUCAUAUUUUACAUCCUACCUUGUUGCGUUAAAUACUAAAUUAGAAAUAGUUUAUGAUUGAUAGAAGGGUGCACAAGUUUUAAUUCCAUUUUGAUUUGUUAAUAAUUCAGUUUACUUUCGUUUGUUUUAUAUUCUACGCUGAUCUAAGUAUUAUUAUUACUGUAAUCUGCCUCAUUUUUAAUAUACAUAUUUGAAAUUAUUUUUGAUAAUGUAAAAUAUUGUCAAUAAAGUUUAUUUCUUUUUAAA